AUGGUGGACUCCAACAAGAGUGAAACUUCAACACAACUAGAAUACCACACGGUUACCUCAAAGUAUAUAAAUGAUUACCCAUCGAUUGCAUCAAAUGCGUUACCCAUGACAUCAAGUGGACCACAUGCACCUACAAAAACAGCAAUAGAAUAUCCCCGAUUGUUUAUCGAGAUGAGAAAUAAUUCACUUAAAGAGCUUCAUGUUGGCAUGAAAGCAGAAGGUGUCCUGAAAGCAAUUUAUACGGAAGGACAUUACGACUCUAUCGGACUCCGAAUUGAAACAGAAUGCGAUUGUGUAGAUGUUGAUAACCUAUUCUGUUCAGGGGGAAGUGAUGUUAAGAGUGCAAGGAACGAACCUUUCAAGACUGUCCUUAACUCAAAGUCAGGUUUUUUCCGAAUUCCGAAGGCCGAGUUUCUGCGCCAUUCAGUCAAUAUAUCUGGAUUAUAUACAGAGGACGACCGGACUGACGUCUGUGACGUAACUCUGUAUUUCCACAAUGGAGAAAGCGUAAUGGAUGGUGAAACUAUUACCACUAUCGCAUAUCUUACAAUGCUGAAGGGGGACGAAUGGGCGUAUCUAGCCACAAAUAUAACAUUUAAAGCAAAAACGUCAACCCUGGCAAAAAAUAAGACAGCUAUGUUUGAUGUGAAUUUUUCGAUCCCGAAGUUCAUCACUGCUGAAAAAACGGUUGUCACCAAAAUCAAUUUCACUCAUUGGAUUCCAUAUUACAGACCGCUUCUUGAAGUUGUGAUUUACGGUGAAUCAGAAACAAUGUUCAACUUCAUUACCUCCAUGUAUAUAAGAGUCGUCAACGUUGGUGACAACUUUUUUCCCGGUGUGAGAUAUUGGGAUUUAAUUUACGCGUGUCAUUUUCCAGACUUUGAGAAUGGAACAUUAACCUUGAAAUUUCCAUCCCAUUGGGUCAAUAGAAACUACUACUAUACGGAACAAACAACAGCUAACGAUCGAUUCGAGUUGGAGGCAGGCAUUACAUUUUCCGAGUCUGCACCGGCGGGUGUGAAUUACACCUUUAGAAUUGAUACGAUGAUCAAGAGUACACGAGUGUGGAAUUCCAGUGUUACCAUGACAACAACGGAUACCUCAUUAUCAGAUAUGAUGUCUCAGGUCAACAUAAGCUUGCAUCGUCCAACUUUGAACGAGCUGUAUCCAACUAGUAAAGCCGCAGUGCUUAUUCAAGUAACAAUUCCAAGUCUGUUUUCUAAUCCUAUAUAUCUGAAUGUUUCAACAUUUGCUGUGACGGAAGACAACUCUCUAGUAAUCGAAAGUGUGUCUAUAUACAGUACAUCUGAUGGGGUACUAUGCACCUCGGUCGAUGAACCCUUUCAGAUGAAUAACGAUUUUUAUCAGUAUAGAAAAUAUGUUAUAGUUGACUUCGUAAACACAGCAGAUACCCCUGAAUACUUGUACCUUCUUGUGAAUCUGAGAGUAGAUCAAAACACGAAAUUUGGAAAAAUACACGCAGUUGCAGCUGAAAGCAAUAAUCGCACAGUUGAAUACAAAGUUUCACUAAACUCACCGAUGGUGUUACACGAUACAGAAGGGAUAAUCUCAUCGGGACUAAAUAAGAUCGUAGAUGGCAAUUAUACUUCUUGUAUAAAGCUUCCAAGACAAGGCGAGAGGCCACCUUGGUUUUGGUUGACGCUCAGUGUAUUAUGGUUGAAAAUUGCACCCAAACCGUUCCAAGUCACAGUUGUGGGUGAUCAGAUUUCAUGCAAACCACAUGGACAGAACUUAAUACAGGUGACCUAUCCAGUGAAGAGUGCUAAUCUCGGUUUGAAUAACAAAGAAAGCAAGCCAUUUGCUCUAUGCGAGUUCGUGUAUAAAGAUAUUCAAAAUGUAAGUCGUUUCGUGGAAUGUACAUAUGAAUGUAAUUGCAGAGAAGACCAGGAGUGUCACGAAAUAAGCUUGUUUAUGGCAAACCAAGAAAAAGGCACAUAUUGGAGGCUAUGCGAAUUGAGAGCUCAAAACACAUUUUAAUUAUUAUGUCAUGAAGUGUUUCUUUUUUGUAUCUGAUCAAUUAAUGAAACAUGAGAAUUACUAUCAAACAUUUCUGUUUUAAAAUUGGACAACGAUAUUAGGAGAAACGUUGCUUUGCUUAAAACUGAA